AUGACUUACACGCUCUACAUCGGCAACAAGCGAUACUCAUCGUGGUCAAUGCGGCCAUGGGUCCUCCUCAAGGCGCUCAACAUCCCCUUUGACGAAAAGCUCGUCUUCUUCGGCUCCGACCUCGCCAGCCAGCGCACCGAGUUCCUCCGCUUCUCGCCCUCGGCCAAGGUGCCCUGCCUCAUCGACGACUCCUCCUCAGCCGCCAUCUUCGACUCACUCGCCAUCAUCGAAUACAUCGCCGAGGCCUACCCAGCCGUGUGGCCGCGCGACAAGCUCGCCCGCGCCUUUGCCCGCUGCGCCGCCGCCGAGAUGCACUCUGGCUUCGGCGGCAUCCGCACAGACUGCUCCAUGAACGUGGCGCUGCGCAUCCAGCUCGGGCCCCGGAGCGAGGCUCUGCAGCGGGACAUUGACCGCCUCACGGAGCUCUUUGACGAGGGCAUCGGCAAGUUUGGCGGCCCGUGGCUCGCGGGCAAGGAGUUCACUGCGGCGGACGCCUUUUACGCGCCCAUUGCGUCUCGGUGCAAGACGUUUGGCAUUGAGCUGGACGGCGAGGCAGGGAGGUAUCUCGACCGGCUGUUUGACCACCCGGCCGUGCAGCAGUGGGUUGACGAGGGCAUCACGGAGCCGGGCAUCGUGGCGCGGAUUGAGGCGGACAGCAUCAGGGGGCGCAAGGUGCUGAAGAAUUUGGGUGAGCAGAUGAUGCUUGAUUUUCUGGGAUUGUGA